AUGGACUUCACAACCAUCCUGAACAGGAAAAAUUCCGCCGCUGCAGCCGCUGCCGCCGCCGAAGCGCAGUUACAACACCAGUACUUUCAGCAGAGUGCACAGUUACACACCGGAGCUUCGCCAACAAUGAAGAGCGAAUCAGGUGGCUCGGACAACCCAGUGAACGCAUACCCCCCUCACGGCCCUCCGAUGCAAAUGGACGCGGGACUUGCCGAUGGUUUCUACUACGCGCAGCCCACAGGGUCUACUCCCCGAAACAUGGCUUAUGCUCCAGCGGGAUACGCGGGCGACCCCCAGAUGCAGCAGGAGCCUAUGCCCCAGGGAAGGACUGGCGUGGAUCCUCCACCAAAGACUUUCCACUGCUCAACCUGCAACAAGGGAUUUGCUCGGCGUAGUGAUCUCGCUCGGCAUGGUAGGUUUCCCCGACAUUUCAAUCAUGGAUUGCGACUAACGCUCACUAUAGAACGUAUUCAUACCGGCGUUAGACCCCAUGCUUGUGACUGGCCCGGAUGUGGGAAACAAUUCAUCCAACGUUCGGCAUUAACAGUGCACUCCCGUGUGCACACUGGAGAGAAGCCACACAUGUGUGAGCGAUGUGGAAAGCCCUUCAGCGAUUCUUCUUCGUUGGCUAGACAUCGCCGCAUACACUCCGGUAAACGGCCCUACAAGUGCCCAUACGCCAACUGCCAGAAGACUUUCACGCGCCGGACUACGUUGACUCGCCACCAAAACCACCAUACUGGAACAAUCGAGGAAGCUGCUGCGGAGACAGAGGCCCAGCUGCGACAAAACAAAGAUCGUGGACGCCCCGGCGAAGGAAUGUUUUCGGAGCACGGUUCUAUUCACUCCACCCCGUCACCCGGCCAACAUCCCUCUAUGUCACCCGGUGGUGAAUUGCCCCCAUUGAACAUGCAUCGAUCCGCUGGCGACUACUACAUGGGCACUGGGCCCAUUCCGCCUCACGUGCGCGGGGAUUUCCCCCAAGGCAGCCCCCGAGCUUCCCCGACUGCGACAUCUCCCUCGCUUUCGAGCUAUGGCAGUGCCCCCCAUGUUCGCCCAUCUAUGACCUCGCAUCCCUAUGCCCCACCGCAGCCUUUGGAGCCUCCGGCUACCAGCGAUCAUCGCCCCAACAGCGUCAACGGAAGCCCCCACAUGACAAGCCUCGGAUGGGCCUCCCCGUCUCAUGGCAGCAUGCCCUCGCCUGGGUCUGCCAAUGAUUUCACUUACCCGGAGCCCACUGGCCCAGCGUACCCAACCUCCAUGCCGCCACACAUGUACUUCCCCAACUCUACCAUUCGCCGGCCCACCAGCACCGAGCCUGAUAACUACGAGAUGAAGGCUCGAGGCGACCACUCCUGGUCCACUGCUGUAUGA